AUGCCGAAGAACAAAGGAAAGGGGGGCAAGAACCGCCGCCGCGGAAAGAACGACAACGAGGAGAACAAGCGCGAGCUCGAGUUCAAGGAGGAGGGACAGGAAUAUGCACAGGUUGUACGAAUGCUGGGUAACGGCCGUCUGGAGGCUUACUGCUUCGACGGCGUGACACGUCUUGGCCACAUCCGCGGCAAAAUGCGCAAAAAAGUGUGGGUCGGCGCUGGUGACAUUAUCCUCGUGAGUCUGCGCGAGUACCAGGACGGCAAGGUGGACAUCAUUCAUAAAUACAACGCUGACGAGGCUCGUAGUCUCAAGGCCUACGGAGAGCUGCCAGAUAACGCACGUAUUAACGAAACGGCAGUGGACAUGGCCAUGGAGGGCGACGGUGAGGACGACAUUGGUUUCGACUUCGACGACAUCUAA